AAAAAUGAAUAUCGAAAAUAACUAAUAACACUAAUUAUAAAAGAGAAUAAAAGAGAGAUAUGUGUAUGAAGCUAAAUUCUUAGUAGAUCAAUGGAGGUAAUAGUCUUUUUAAUCAACUAGAUCAAUUUUUGAUUAGAGACACCUUUAAGAUGGAAAAAUGAUCAAGCACACACUUGACCAAGCAGCAGAAAUUGUUGGAGUUUCAAGGAAAACUUUAGAAGAUUAUUAUUAUUGCCUGAAAAAAGCUGAGAAAAUAAGUAAGCAAUUUUAUCUAUAGAGUAGUUGAUAUUAAUUAAUUUAUGAAUUGUAAAAUGGGAGUAAUUCGAAGAAUCAUAAAAGAACAUAAAAAAUAGUCAGACGAGUAAAAUAUAAUUGAUACAAAUUAAUUCUUUGCACUAGAAAACGAAAAUAAUGAGCCAAGAAAAAAUAGUUUUGAAUAUGAUGAUUGAGUAACAAUGAUAAUAUCUAUUUGUGUAAAUU